AUGACAGACGCCGCCGGUUGCGAGUUUGAAAUCGACGUGGAGAGUUUGGAGACGGAGAGCGACGAUCCUGCAGAUUCCCCUAGCGCGGCUCCUCUCGGCCAGUGUGAGGACGACGGAGACGGCAUCAAGAGCCAAGACAAGCCGGGCCCGAGCGGCUCAUGUCCCGGGGAUCAGAGGAAGCUGAGCCGGACACCGAAGUGCGCCCGGUGCCGCAACCACGGCGUGGUGUCCUGCCUGAAGGGACAUAAGCGCUUCUGCAGGUGGAGGGACUGUCAGUGCGCCAAUUGCCUGCUGGUGGUGGAGAGGCAGCGCGUGAUGGCGGCGCAGGUGGCCCUUAGGAGGCAGCAAGCCACGGAGGAUAAGAAAGGAAUAUCUGGGAAACAAAUUCCAGCAGAGAGGAGGACGAUAUAUCAGCGACAUAUUCGACCAUCCACCAUGCUGGCCAAAAGCAUCCUUGAAGUCAACUCCUUUCACUCCCUGAUCCAGCACUCCCUAAGUGAAAAACCCAGUGCCGGGGCCGGGCCAGAGCUCAGGGCGCCGUAUUGCAAAGAGUUCUUAGAGGAGGCUGCCCGCAAGUUCAGGGAGAGCUCUGCCAAAGACGUUCAGGCCGUCAAAAUCACAGACAGAUACGCCAAAGACUUUCUGUCCAAACCUGUAGGGACCAAGAUGGCAGCCAGUGAGUCUUUGUCUUUCUCUGUGGAAGCCAUACUGAAAAGACCCACACCUGCCAUGAGUCGAGCAUUCCAUUAA